AUGCGCAAGGGAACCGCCGCCCUGAAGCGUCAGCAGGUGGCGCAGCUGCGCCAGCACCAUCAGCAGCUGCUGGCCGCCGCUCCGGAGCUCGCCUUGGCCUCCUCGUCGCGCCUGGCUGCGGCCCUGAUCUCGUCGGCGGUGGCCCUAAGCGCCUCCUCGUCCGCGAGCCUUGUAAAUAAUCAUCACCACAGCCAUAUGCAGCAGCCGCAGGCGCGCCAUCACCACCAUCAACAUCCGGCAACAGCUCACAGGCAUCACCAUCAGCAUCACCACCACCACUCACAUCACCACUCGCACCACCAUCAUCAGUGUCGCUCGAAACGCAAACUGCAGAAACUGUAUUAUACGCUUUGCCGUUAGAUCUGUAACUUAACUAUAUCUAUGUAUACUUGUGUGAGAGAAAGUUUCUUAGAACCACCAGCAUCAUCAGCACUUAGCUUAAGUCGAUUCACACCUAUCACGUCCCUUUUUAAAAGUUUUGUAUAUGUAUUUAUUUAUUCCAUUUAUUUUUUGUACUCCUUACACGUCUCAUUUUCGUAAUUGUCCCCAAACUGAAGGAAUAAUCUCAUCAGUGCAAUAAUAUAGAUACAUCUAAAGGUAUAUACUUAUAAAUAUAUAUCGUGCUGAUUUUAAAAUCAUCUCUUAUUUUAUAAAAACACUCCAAUCUAUUUAUUUGUAAUUGAAAAAGAUUUGUGAUUUGCGCACAUGAUAUAAACUUCGUAGAGCAUCCACUGUAAUUGUAGCGUGUCUCAAGCAAUUUUCGUUUUAAGAACCCCAAGGAAUUUAUAUAUCAUCCCGCACAGACGCAUUAACCUAACCAGCCUAGAACACACACACACACCCCACAAAGCCCUCUGAUUAAGUAUUACUUAGCGUAAGCUUUACUUUAAGUUGCAAAUGGCAAGAGAAUCACAAAAAAAUGUACUUUACUUAGGUGCAAAGUAUCAAAUUUGUGAGGCGAGAAUCUGCAGUAGCAGUCUUCUCGUCCAGGUAUAUAGUAUACGUAGAUUUUUUCUGAUUGUGCUGGGCAAGUCAAUGAAGUACUCAAUGCGAAUAAAGUGAAUUUUGCCAAGUCAGAUCCGAGAAAUAAUUGUAAUGGCGCGCGUUCCUUAAACUAAAUAUACCGAUAUGGAGAUCAUUACCGCUUCCGCUUAUCCAACAGACAAGGCAGACGGCAAAAACUUAUAGUGCAUAUGAGGGAAUAAUUACACAAAAUUUCGUACCUUUGUAGAUCUUGCAGUUCAAAAUUGCUUUAGAGUUUGUCGCUGUACAUUUUACGGAUUAAAAUGCACAAAAACGUUUAGGCAAGAAACCUAUUAACUAAAAAUACCGACGGUCAUACCAUAUUGAUGUGUAUGUAGAUUGUAAAUUAAACAUUAUAAAUGAAAACGCUGCGAAUUUGAAACCAAAAAAGUUCAGAGAAAACCCAAAAGAAUUCCCAAAUGUAAAUUCUAUUGAUUUUUGUGGUCUGGUAAUAAAAUGAAUAAGCAUACAUAUAUGGAUAAAA